GGUCAGAGAGAGGGCGAGGGUCAAACUAGCACGUUUGCCGGAAAGACAGGAUUUGUGCGUUUGCUGUGGUCAAGUGUAGCCUGAUUGCAAACACAAGCUCCGUAAUGUUUAAAAUUGAAGGCCUGGGUCCCAAAAUGGACCCCGAGGAGAUGAAGAAGAAAAUGAGGGAAGACGUGAUCACGUCAGUGAGGAAUUUUCUGAUCUACGUAGCGUUGCUCAGAGUCACGCCCUACGUCCUGAAGAAACUGGAUAGCAUCUGAAGAGUCUCGCUCUCCCGCCUGCGGAGGUCUUUCCCUGCGGCAGCUCAAGACAACAGCGCGGAGCCUCUGCUGGACCGGGAACAUGUCGGCAAUGCUGCCAGAGAUCACCAGGACUGCUCAGUCCUUGGCUUGGGCUACACAUCUGGUUCUGCCCUCUAUCGUCACCUCAUUGUUUAAAGGCUGCGAUACCCAUCAUGUGUAUGAAUGGAUCUCAACACUGUGCAACUCUCACAACACUGCAGGACUUGUGUGCUGAUUUUAUGUAUUCUUGUUAAUACAGGUCAAUUACCCAAUGAUGUGUAACCCUUUAAAAAUAUUUCCCCAUCUCGCGUACGAGUGAAAUAUAACAGAACAGCAUGAGUUUUUUUUUUAAUUUGGGUUUUUUUUUUAAGGAGGGGUGAAUCCAGCAUCCUUUUCUUUGGGAUAGCUUUUGUUUGUUUUAAAACCUCCUGCGCGGUGGCGUUAUUUGACCGUAACGCCAUUCCCAUGAAGUGUAGUGUGAGUAUUUGUGUCGGCCGAUUCUGACGGCGAAGGGGACGUGAUUCCAGCCCUCGCUUGAUGGAGCAAUUUUAAAUUCCACUCACUGCACCACAAGUCAAAAUAAAAAUGGUUCUUACGAUUGCU